ACAGCAAAUAAAAAAAAAUUAUAGAAAAAAAAGAAUAUCAAAUUCAUCCGGUGGUUUGUUCUUCAUACGUCUGUCUACCUCUAAACUGCAAAGUUCGACAUAAAACCCUAAUAAUCACAGCCUCCGUUUUCAUCGUCAAUUCUCCAUCUUCUCUCUCUCCUUCACUCCCUGCUUUCGUCCAUCGAAAUUUUCAUUUCAGAAUUAUACCCCGGCAUUGGACAAAUUCUAACAGUCGCACUUAACCGUUUGGGGUUUUGAUUAUUGCACAAAAUCAAUCAAAUUUGCUUCCAGACUUUGAGAUUUCUGGUAAUUUUUGAUCAUUUCCUUUAGGGUUUCGAUUUUCCUUCGAAUUUCAUUGAUUUCUGCGGGUUUAAUUGGCUAGUGGUCACUUAUUUAGGUUAUUUUGAUAUUUCUAGUAGAGGGUUUGUUGAGUAUUGCCAAUACGUAUUCUUGCAAAUAUUGAUGAAGGUUUUAUGAGCCUGCUUCUUGGUUUUGCAAAUUAUAUUCGUACCAUAAAAAUAUCUGAAACUCUUGUUUUUGGUUGUAAAUACAAAGAGGUUUCCGAACUUUAAUUGAUUUCCGGGACUGAUAACUGCUCUUUAAGGAUACGCUGGGACUACUUUUUUGUUGAUAUCACUUAAUUGGAUACAUUAGCUUCCCUAACUGUAUAGGAAGAAAAAUAAUUACCAGCUUAUUAAGCUGGUGGAUUUGAAGACUGCUGCCCGUGUUGCAAAAAUUCAGAAGUUGAGCUUGAUAAGUUGUUAGAUACUUGGUUCAUGUGGUGUGAGAUUUGGUUGGGGGUAAAAAAAAUUGGUGCAAACGGUUGGGACCGGUGGCUUUGAUAUUCUAGUGAUACGUUUAUUAUCAUGCUAAACGCUCCUUAUGGAAAAAAGUGAACCCAGUUUAGUUCCUGAAUGGCUGAGAAGUAAUGGAGGUGGCAGCUCUGGCCACCAUUCUGUAUCAUCACAAGCAGAUGGUCCUCUGCUGGCACUGCCAAAAAGAAAUAGACCUUCCAAGAGCAUUAGUAAUUCUGAUUCCCCAUUGUCUUCCCUCCUAGAUCAGAGUUUUUCAUCCAAUUCUAGGAGAAAUUUGAGUAGUAAUGUUUAUACAAAGCAUGAUAAGAACUAUGGACGGUCCUAUAGUGGUUUUCCAAAAAGUCAACGUGAUAAGGAUAGAGAAAGGAUCUCCAUUGCUGACAAUUGGGAUUCAGAGUAUUCUGAGUCCUUGAGGGACAUAAUAACUAGAAGGGGCGAAGACACUUUAGGACGUUCUCAAUCCAUGAUUUUAAGGAGACAGGGUGAGGUUGCGCAGCGAAGGGUUUCUAAUGAUCCGAGGAGUGUCAGCCAUACUCAUCAUGACAAUGGAAAUGGUGUCCUUUCUGUUCGUAGCAGUGUUACUGGCGUCCAGAAAUUGUCAUUUGAAAGAGAUUUUCCAGUGCUUGGAUUUGACGAGAGGCCUAAGACUCCUGAUGUAAUCAGAGUUUCAUCUCCUGACUUGUCUAGAGGUAUUCAGAGCCUGUCCAUUGUUAACCCACCAUUGGUUUGUAGUGAGGGUUGGACUUCAGCUCUUGCUGAGGCGCCAACAGGUGCUGGAAGCAACAGUAAUGGAUCCUCGUCUGUUCUUCAAUCUUCUGCAGCUGCUGCUUCUGGCUACAUCUCAUCAUCAGGUGUUGGAAGCACAUUGCAUGGUCUAAAUAUGGCAGAAACUUUGGCGCAGGCAUCACCACAUUCUUAUAAUGUUCCACAGCCAUCUAUUCAAACGCAGAGGGAUGAGUUGGCUAUCACACAAUCUAGGAUAUUAAUCCCAAUGACACCUAAAACUUUGGGUCCAACUUCGUCUGAUAAAUUAAAGCCCAAGACACCAGUGAGAUCCAGUGAAGCUGCUGGAGUUUCCCUGAAAAAUGGGAUGCAGCAUCUGUCACCGCUGCAAAUUGGCAGUCCAGCGGCCCGUGGAUCAAGUGUUAGAGUGGAUAGCCCAAAUUCACCCUCAGGAAAGCUGCUGCUGCGUAAACCUGGACGUGAAAAUGGUGCUUCCUCUGUUUUCAAGGAUAUUCAGAGUCCAACAACAAAUGCCAGCAGCAGGGUUCCAGAUGGUCAGUCUGCUGGUUUAGCUUCAGUUGUUUCUCUUCCCUUGAAGAAUUCACACAAUCCGAAGGUUUCUUCUGGUGAGCGGAAAAAUUCUGCCUCUGGUUUGAAUGCUGGACUUGCUGAUAAGCGUUCCUCCCUUGCACAAGCCCAAAGCCGGAGUGAUUUCUUUAAACUAAUGAGAGAAAAGUCUGUGAGCAACACGGCUGGCACUGCUGAUCCAGAGACUGCUGUUUCAUCUGAUACUGUGGACAAAUCUGUCAAAGAAUUGAAGGAACUGACUAGUGUUUCAGGGACUUCUGUUGGAAAUGGAAGUGAGUUGAAAUGUAAUGGCGAAACUUGGAGAGUAGCCGACAGUUUAUUUCUUUCCAAGGAGACUGACAAUGAAGCCAUAAAUCCAGAUGAGGAGGAGAGAGCCUUUUUAAUUUCUCUUGGGUGGGACGAUAAUGCUGGUGAUGAAGAGGUUAUUACAGAAGAGGAGAUACAUGCUUUCUGUCUGGAGGUCAUGAAAGGGAGACAAACUCCUAGAGUGUGUCGUCUCCUGCAGGCAAAGACGAUGUCACAUUCUGGACUGCAUCCUGCAUGUUCUGGUGCAGCUUCAACUGAAUCUAGUGCUUCCGCUUCUCAGACAGAAGCUUGAAUUUUUGUUGUUGGCUGACUGAGCAAGAUAAGGCGGAGUAUUUUAUAGAAGAUACCUUGAUUAUUGUUACAUUCCCUCCAUUCCUGUUUGGCAGAAAGCUAAUUGUUGAGUAUUGAUAUACAAAUAGCAGGCAUUCUGGUAGCAGUUGGUUUUGGGCACUUGACAAAUGUGGUUUGCCAGUUACUGCAAUAAGUUUCCAGUGCUGAGUACUCCUAAUCUGAUGUCAAUAUCUAUUAUAGUUUUGAUGCUGGAAAUAGUAGGGUAGAGGCAGUUAUGGUCUACACUCUAGAGAGGUAGAAUCCUGGGUAAAUAGGUGCUUUUAGGGAUCCCUUUUUGGUUUCACAUACUCCGUAUAGUUUUUGAUAUCCCAAAUAUUUUUGGUUUUCUGAUUUUGGAUGAGAAUAGUUGAAGUAAAAGAGCCACAAUAUCUUGUUCAAAACUUCCACAAAGGAGAAAUAUCAAAGGUAUCAAUUCUUGCUUCUGUGCUGUAA